AUGCAUAUACGGUCAGGCGCAACCAUUUCAGAUAUGAGAAAUCACAGUGACUUUGUUGCUGGUGACUUGGAAGAAGAAAAUACUAAAGAGCCAAGGCGGCCUCCCCGGGGGCCAUCAAUGAACACCACUAGUAAUAGUAAUAACAACAAUGUAAAUAAAGAUAGUCUCGUUGAAGGUACUAAUAACGAAACGAGUAUUCCAUCUCCGGAGGAUAGUGUCGAAGAGGAAGAAGAGGAUUAUGAUUUGAAAAGAGCUAGAAGAAAAAAUCCUAUUAAAUAUAUCGAGAAUAAGACGAGAAGACAGGUUACAUUCGCCAAACGAAGGCAUGGAUUAAUGAAAAAAGCGUAUGAGUUAUCGGUAAUGACCGGUGCAAAUAUUUUGCUAUUGAUUGUAUCUAACACUGGUUUGGUCUACACUUUUACCACACCCAAGUUAGAACCAGUUGUUAUAAAUGAAGAAGGUAAGAAUCUGAUAAGAGCCUGCUUGAAUGCAGAAGAUAAUUAG